GGUCCGGCCAUCGCCGCCCAGGCCUCGCUCUGCGCGAAGCCCCAUCGGAGGCUUCGUGGCCAAGGCUGCGGAGGAGCGCCCAGGAGAGAACCACCGGACGGCCACCGGGUGGCGGCGAGGAGACGGUCCGGCUUCCCCUCGUCGCUCCUGGCCGUCCGGGCUCUGCGGCCCAGCGCCCCCUCUCCCCCCCCAGCUCGCUAGGCCGGAGUCGCGGCUGGAGCGCGGGCGUGGCCAGAGCCUCUCGGCCCUCCGGCUGCCUCUUCGCGGCCAUGCGGCGGACCCGGCAACACCGCCUGCCACUUUAAGGGGAGCGGCCGCGAGGGAGGCGCCCGCCGCAGGAUUCCGGGCGAACAAAGGGCGGUCCGCCGGGGAGGGACCGGAGCCGCGCCUGCUCGCCCGCUUUUCCUCCCAACCGGGCGUCCCGUUCGCUUCUUUCUGAGCCGGCCCGGCUGCAGCCGCCAAUGCGGAGCCGGCGAAGCGCCGCCCGCCUUGCCCGGAGCCGCCCCCGGCCGCCGCCUCGGCCCCUCCGCCGCGGGAGGCGAGCGCGCCGCCAGGGCUGAGGCCGCGAGGGGCCGGGCGGGACGGCCAUGGGACAGCCGGCGCUGGAAUUCAGCGACUGCUACCUGGACAGCCCGGGCUUCCGCGAGCGGCUCCGGUGCUCCGAGCAGGAGCUGGAGCGCACCAACAAGUUCUUGAAGGACGUGGUCAAGGACGGCAACGCGCUCAUCGGGGCCAUCAAAAAUUAUUCCUUGGCUGUCCAGAAAUUCUCCCUGACACUCCAGUCCUUUCAGUUUGACUUCAUAGGGGACACUCUGACUGAUGAUGAAAUCAACAUUGCUGAGUCCUUUAAGGAAUUUGCUGAGUUGCUCCAAGAGGUGGAACUUGAGCGGUCCAUGAUGGUGCAAAAUGCCAGUAAUUUGUUGAUCAAGCCUCUGGAAAAAUUCCGUAAGGAGCAAAUUGGAUUCACCAAAGAAAGGAAGAAAAAGUUUGAGAAGGAUGGGGAGAAGUUUUACUCCAUGUUGGACCGCCACUUGCAUUUAUCUUCCAAGAAAAAGGAAUCUCAACUGCAAGAGGCUGAUUUGCUGGUUGAUAAAGAGCGACACAUUUUUUUUGAAUCUUCCCUGGAAUACGUGUAUCAAAUCCAAGAAGUGCAGGAGAGCAAGAAAUUCAAUAUUGUGGAGCCUGUAUUGGCUUUUCUUCAUAGCCUCUUCACUUACAACAACCUGACUGUGGAGCUCACACAAGAUUUCCUUCCGUACAAGCAACAGCUUCAGCUCAGUUUGCAAAAUACAAGGAAUCAUUUCAGCAGCACUCGGGAAGAGUUGGAAGACCUCAAGAAAAGAAUGAAAGAAGCCCCACUGACCUGCAAAUUACCUGGCAAAUCAACUAUUGAGGGAUACCUCUAUUCACAAGAAAAAUGGGCACUGGGAAUCUCCUGGGUCAAAUACUACUGCCAGUAUGAGAAGGAAACAAAGAUGUUAAGAAUGACACCCAUGGAGCAGAAACCAGGAGCAAAACAAGGCACCCCUGUCCAUUUGAUUCUGAAAUCCUGCGUGCGAAGGAAGACUGAUUCUAUAGACAAAAGAUUUUGUUUUGAUAUUGAGACAGUUGAAAGAUCUGGUCCCAUCACCUUACAAGCUCCCUCAGAAGCCAACCGACGGCUCUGGAUGGAGGCCAUGGAUGGGAAGGAGCCGAUCUACCACAGUCCCAUCACCAAGCAAGAGGAAAUGGAACUGAACGAGAUCGGCUUCAGAUUUGUCCGGAAAUGCAUUAAUGCAAUAGAGACAAAUGGUGUCACCACUGAAGGGCUCUAUCGCACCGUUGGGAGCAACAUCCAAGUCCAGAAGCUCUUGAAUGCCUUUUUUGAUCCUAAGUGCCCUGGGGAUGUGGAUUUCCAGAGCAAUGACUGGGACAUCAAGACUAUUACCAGCUCCUUGAAGUUCUACCUCAGGAACCUCUCUGAACCUGUCAUGACAUACAAGCUUCACAGAGAAUUGGUCUCGGCUGCCAAGUCUGAGAACCUGGAUUACCGGCUGGGAGCCAUUCAUGCCCUGAUUUAUAAACUCCCUGACAGGAACCGAGAAAUGUCUGAGCUGCUCAUCAGGCAUCUGGUCCACGUGUGUGAGCACAGCCGGGAGAAUCUCAUGUCCCCCUCCAACAUGGGGGUGAUCUUUGGCCCUACCCUCAUGCGUGCACAAGAGGACACGGUUGCAGCAAUGAUGAAUAUUAAGUUCCAGAACAUCGUGGUGGAGAUUCUCAUCGAGCACUUUAACAAGAUCUAUUCUGGGCCUCCUGAAGACAAUGCUGCACCCCCUAUCCCCCCUCCUCGGGUAGCCACUCGAAGACAUAAACCCAUCACCAUUUCCAAGCGCCCUCUGAGAGAGAGACCCCUCUUCUUUGGAGGUUCUGUGGAAGAAAGUGAAGGAGAGGACAGCUGUGGCCUGACCCCGAAUGGCGUGAUUGCCACCAUCAGCCCUGAUGCUCCUAAGCCCCUCCAGCGUAGCCGACUGCAGAGGCCGGGAGAACUUGAUUCAGGAAGGCCCAGCCCAGAGAACCGUGGAACUGGGGAACCCUGUGCAGAGGUGGAUGUAGGAAGGCUGGUGUCCAGGCUCCAAGAAGGAGGAGCAAAACUCUCCAGUAAAUCUGCCAACAGCAUCGUGCCAACUCCCAAUUCUCUGAAGGCCUCCAGCCUACACCCGAAGAAGCCUGCUCCAAGGCCUGUGGCUGGCUGCAAAGAAGGUGAACAUGAGAGCUUCCCCAAAGCUCGGCUGCCAGGAGAGAAGCCGGUCAUCACGCGACCUCCGAUGAGACCCCCAGAUCCUCCCUGCAAGGCUCCCCUGCCACAGAAGGUGGAGGCCAAGGCAGACCUGGUGGUGGGAACAGCAACAGAAGCCCCCUCCUCAGUAGUGGCGUCCAGGGCAAAGUUCUUCGAGACAGCCUCCUUCAGGAGAGGAAGUUCUUCCUGUCCCCAGGGCAGAUUCCCAAAUGAGGAGGGAUGAAAGGCUCCAGACUUCUGCAUGGCUGAGUCUGGACCACCCCAAAUGGAUUUGCAACCCAUGAUGUGUGCUCUAUAAAUCAGCUAUCUCUAACCUCGUCUUUGAGCAUGCCAUUGUGAACAUCUUGCAUUUCUACAAGAGAAGCAAAGACAUUCUUGGGGGGACAAUAGUUCCACCUGCUGCUGUAAGUGUUCAAAAAGACAGAGCAACAAUUGGGCCUUUUGCUCCUCCUUCUCUAUCACUCCGAGCUCCUCUUACCCAUCUCCAGAAAGUGCUGCUUUCUCCUUUGCUAGCGGUUGACCUGGAACAGCCAGGGGGCACAUUGGGUGGUGAGAUACAUCCAUCACGACGGGCCUCUUAUGGGAUCCUUCUCAAAGAAUUGCUACCUGGGUCUAGGAACUGGGCUGCAAGCAGCUUCUCUGCCUCAGAAGUUUUCUGACUGGGUGGCUUCAAAUGUGUCACAUUUUGUUAUUUUUUCUUUUCAAAGACUGAGAUUUUGUUUCAGUGCAAGUGUGGAGGGUGGGGGUGGGGUUAGCUGUUAACUCAUGAAAGGCUGAAAUCAUUCCCAGUAAGACCUCCACACCUCUUACUGGUUCUGCUUACACAACUGGCAGAUGUCCCAGAGAGUGGAUGGUGGGAGGAGGAUGUUGGCUCCUGUUUCACAUCUUCAAAAGGGAAAGAUUUUUGAAGCCAGAUACUCCAUCCCAAGGGGAAUGGUGCUGGAAAUUGAAGCAGAGAUCAAUUGCACACCUCUGUGAGGGUAAUUUCCCUAAUGUCCAAAGCAGCUUCAAGACAUUCCAGAUAGUUCUACCUUUUGUUAGACCACGUUCCAUUCUUCCAUCUGUUUUCUUCCCAAAGUGCCCUUCCCACUUGCAGUAGAAUGUGAUGAGACCCUGCAUUUAGAUCUGUUUUUAUUCGACCUGCAGCCAAAGGAAGAAAGAGAUGCUGUGGCUGUAGUUGUGUGCCUGCCUGUGCUUAUGUGCAGGUCUCUCUGCCUCAGGCGAGACAGCUUAGGACCUUCCGGCAUCUCAGCUGGGAUCUCUUUCUCCAAACUCCACUUUGGAUCUGUGCAGAAUCUUUGGACAACCCCGUCCCCAGGAUUCCCCAUUCCACAGACGCAUGGUUGGUUCUUUCCUAGGAACUUGAAUAAAGCACUUACAUGGAUACUUUUGCAUCGGAGGUUUCGGCUCGCCUUGUAAGUGUCUCCGAGGACCAAGGUCAAAAGCCUCCAGCUAGCACAUUCUAAAUAUGCUUUGCAGAUACAAGAAAUAAAUGAAUUUUUGGGAGUGGCCCUAGAUUGCCAGAUUUUGGGCCCACUCAUUUCUCUUUAGAAAUAAGGUUGAUACUUGCACCGCCCCCACUUUACCAGCAGACAAAUAAUUAUUUCCACAGAAGUCAGCAGGUAAUGCCAUACUGAUAUUUAACAUGCUUUGAGGGGUAAAGAAAGUAUAUGUAUAUGCUUUAUUCCUAUGUUUUUGUUACCAGUGCCAUCCAACGUUCACCUGAACUCCCCAAAGUUGCUGAUCAAAUAGAGAAGAUUGUUCAUCCUGUGAAAUUCUUAAUCACCAGUAUGAGCUGGAUAGAAUAACUGAAGAUUGAAUGAGUGAUAGAAAAUGCCAGCAUGGCCCUGGCAGCCUUGUCAGUUCAAUUUUGGAGCCACCAAUCAAAGCUUUUUGCUCGCUGAGUAGUGUGGGGUUGCAGUGACCUCCAGGAAGGCCAGGCAUCGGGCUAACAUCACAGGUUGAUCUGUGUUUCCCAGUAAUCCAUUAAGGGAUUAUGCUGAUACCAUUGAUUUCUGCUGUGGGAAAUGACUAGGGGAGGCACAUUCAAGAUGUGAUCGAUUCCCGAGAGUAGAAGCUGAGACAGGAAAGGAAGUUCUGGAAGCGAACGUUUGCCAUUGCUCUCUGCAGGAAGGGUGGGGUCCCAAGCUCCCAAAUGAUUGUGUGGUGAUUGCAUCCAAAAUUGGUACAUCUCUCUUCAAACUUGCUUUUGUCAUAAGCUAAAAAUGUCCAGCAAUUCAGCUAUCUCUGUUUUGUAAAUUUCAACGCACUUAAAAUAAUUUCCACCUGAUGUACUUUGUCUGGUAAAAGAAAUAGAUUAGUUGUAAUAAUGUUUAUGAAUUUUCCAUAGAUUAAAAAAUCCACCUGAUUACUCUUGACUGUA